AUGCCCCCGGAAAUCACGCCCAACAAGGGCAAUGUUGUUCUCGAAGACUAUGAAGAAGCGACACCCUUGACGACUCCACCGGGAGAACAGCAAGAACAAUUCAACGACGAGAUUCCUGCACAUCUCGAACCAUACCUGCAAACCCCGCCAACGCAAGGUCUAUCUGAAGACCAGGUGGCCGAUCGACAAGAACGGUUCGGACGCAAUGAGUUUAAAGAAAAGAAGCGAAACAAACUGCUCCACUUUCUUUCUUUCUUUACAGGACCGAUAUCCUAUCUUAUGGAAGUAUCCGUGAUCCUCACUGCUGUCACUCAGGAUUGGGUCGAUUUUGGAAUCAUCCUGGGUUUGUUGAUUGCAAAUGCUGUGAUCGGUUAUAUCGAAGAAGCCCGUGCAGACUCUGCGGUAGAAGCAUUAAAGAGUUCGUUGGCCCUGACAUCCCGGUGCUACCGAUCCGGAAGACUCAUUGAGGUCAAUUCAUCCGAGCUUGUGGUGGGAGAUAUUCUUGCACUACGUCUUGGCGAUAUCGUACCUGCCGAUGCCCGAUUGCUUGGAUUAGACAGUACAGGCGCACCCGCUCAAACGGACCUGAAUGUGGAUCAAAGUGCACUCACGGGCGAAUCCUUGCCGGUCAAGAAACGGCAGGGGGAUCUGGUGUAUUCGUCCUCCGUGAUCAAGCAAGGGCAGCAGCUGGCUAUCGUUGUGCGCACGGGUCCAGACACGUUUAUCGGCAGAGCGGCCAAUCUGAUCAAUGUCGCUACGGCACCUGGCCAUUUCCAAAAGGUCAUCAACUAUAUCGGCAAUUUCUUGAUCAUCAUUACGUUGGUGCUUGUUUGCGUCUUGUUUAUUUAUGAUCUUGUCGAGUUGCGGAUUCUGAACGGAUCAGUAUCUGGUGCGGAUGUUCUAGAUACUCUUAAGGAAUGUGUUGUGAUUACUAUUGCAGCUAUUCCCGUAGGCUUACCCACAGUCAUGUCAGUGACUAUGGCAGUGGGUGCGAAAGAGUUGGCUAAACGUCAAGUCAUUAUUAAACGACUUACGGCAGUGGAAGAACUGUCUGCAGUAUCGAUUCUUUGCACUGACAAAACAGGCACACUUACUUUAAACGAACUGACAUUCGACGAGCCCUACGUCUCACAAGGAUACAGUAAAGACGACGUGCUUCUGUAUGCUUAUCUUGCUUCCGAAUCCAAUGCACAAGACCCGAUCGAGAUAGCCAUACGAUCUGCAGCAGAAAAACUUCAUCCAAAUGUGGACAGCGUUCAAGGUGUAUUAGGUUACACAGCAUCGGAAUUCAACCCUUUCAAUCCUGUCGACAAGAUGUCCUUUGCCACCGUUCAAGAACUCGGCACACGUGAGACCUACAAAGUAGCCAAAGGUGCCCCACAAGUGAUCAUGGAAUUGUUGAACAGAGGAGGCGAUGCUCAAGCAGAAGAGGCUGUCAAUGCAUUCGCACAUCGUGGAUUGCGAUCGCUUGGCGUGGCACGUACGCGAGAAGGUUCAGAUCGUUGGGAACUGGUGGGCCUUAUGACGCUGAUUGAUCCACCCAGACCUGAUUCGGCAUCGACCCUCAGCGAAUGUCAGCACUAUGGGUUGUCGGUCAAGAUGAUUACCGGUGAUCAAGCCACGAUUGCCCAAGAGGUGUCUGUGCGUCUAGGCAUGGGUACUUUGAUUCUGGAUGCAGAUCAUUUGGUCGAUCCAAGCAAGUCAGAUAACGAUGUCACCGAUGACUGUCUUCGAGCUGAUGGUUUUGCUCGAGUUAUACCUGAACAUAAAUACCGAGUAGUCGAGCUACUCCAGAACCGUGGCUAUUUUGUAGCUAUGACGGGUGAUGGUGUCAAUGAUGCCGCGGCUUUGAAAAAGGCCAAUGUGGGCAUCGCUGUCCAUGGUAGCACGGACGCAGCUCGAUCAGCUUCCGAUAUCGUACUACUUUCACCAGGUCUAUCACCGAUCAUUGAAGGCAUCAAGAUGUCCCGCAUCAUCUUCCAGCGGUUACGAUCCUACGCGCUCUACCGUAUCACAUCCACUAUCCACUUCCUACUUUUCAUUUUCAUCGUCACAAUUGCCGAAGAUUGGCAGAUGCCACCUAUUCUGCUGAUUCUGGUAUCCGUUCUCAACGACGCUGCGACACUUAUCAUGGCUCUCGACAAUGUACAAAUCUCUCCACUUCCCGAAUUCUGGCGACUGGGUCGACUCGUGUUUUUGUCUUGCAUGCUCGCGAUCUUUUUAUCCCUCUUUUCCUUUGCCCAUUUCUAUAUAUUUAGAGAUGUGCUGGACGUUACUGCACCCGAACUAUCGACCAUCAUGUACCUCCAUAUCUCAUCUGCUCCACAUUUUGUCAUUUUCUCAACACGUCUCGAGACAUUUUGUUGGCGCAACAUUCCAGCAUGGCCAUUUACGGUCGUUGUACUUGGCACACAAGUAAUUGCUUUGAUUUUGUCUGUGUACGGCUUUUUCGGUUACGACGAAAACAUUGGUAGUAUCGGCUGGCCCCGAGGAAUGAUUAUUUUGGCUAUUUCGUUGGUGACGUUCUUGCUGUUGGAUAUUGUCAAAGUAUUGAUGAUCUUUGUGUGGGACAAUGGUGGUGGCGGCCCUAGCAUACUGCCAUGGCGCAAACACAAGCUUGGUAGCCGAGCCAAAGAAUUCCAAAAGCGACAUGAACUCCAUUCUCGUGCAGGUUACGAUCGUGCUUUGAGGAGAGAAUCCGUAUCGUCUGUCCGGUCUUUUUAA